AUGACGUGCCCUACUGAACUCAAAUGGGUCAACGCUCGGCCCGAUGACCUGCACCACCACCUGCGCGACGGAGACGCUGCGUUGGCCUGCACCGUGGCCCACGUGACGUCUCAGUUCGCACGCUGUAUUGUGAUGCCCAACCUCGUGCCGCCCGUGACGACGACAGAGCAGGCGCUGGCCUACCGCGAGCGCAUCAUGGCCCACGUGCCCGAGGCAAAGCGCAAUAGGCUCAACAAAGCACACGGGUUCGAGCCACUGAUGACGCUCUACAUGACGGACGGCACGACGGCCGACGAGAUCCGUCGUGCUGCCGCGACCGCACAAAUCGUCGCUGUCAAGCUGUAUCCGGCUGGAGCGACGACCAACUCGGACUCGGGGGUCACCAAGAUUGACAACAUUCACUCGGCACUCGAAGCCAUGAGUGAGCUCGGCAUGCCGUUGCUUGUGCAUGGCGAAGUCACCGACCCAUCGGUCGACUUGUUUGACCGAGAGGCAACUUUUGUGGAGCAGGUGAUCAAACCGCUAGUGGCCAAGUUCCCGCAGCUGAAAGUCGUGAUGGAGCACAUUACCACCAAGGAGGCGGCAGAAUUCGUCACAAACUCUUCGGCCAACAUCGCAGCUACCAUUACGCCGCAACACUUACUGUACAAUCGCAACGCCAUUUUCCAAGGUGGACUACAACCUCACAAGUAUUGCCUUCCCGUGCUCAAGCGAGAGACGCACCGUCAGGCUCUGCUGCAAGCUAUUGCCAGCGGAAGCAAGAAAUUCUUUCUCGGGACGGACAGUGCCCCGCACGUCUCUGUCAAGAAGGAAUCUGGUUGCGGUUGCGCCGGUAUCUACUCAGCCCACGCUGCACUUGAACUUUACGCUGAAGCAUUCGACUCUGUCGGCAAGCUGGAUUUGUUUCGAGCGUUCGCCUGCGAGAACGGCGCCGACUUCUACGGCCUGAAGCGCAAUACGGUAGGCCAGACCAUCUUGAAGCGGGAGGAGUGGAAGGUGCCCGAUAGCUACCCGUUUGAUAACGGAGUCGUCAUACCCUUGAAGGCCGGUGAGACCAUUCGCUGGAAAUUGCAGCAUCAAUCGCUCACUUCGUCUUAG